UGCGUAGUGACGUAUGUAGAUGACGCACUACACCCGCGUAGUCAUCUGACUUUCUUUGCGGUGUUGAGUCCGAUGUUAGCUGUCAUAAUUUGGACCGUGGCUUGAGUUUGUUCACUUCUUGUCUAAGAUUGAAAAAUCACUAGACGUCGACUUCGUUUUGUUGUACAAAUUCAUCCAUCGAACAAUUUCAAGAUGAGCCAUCACCAUCACCAUCACCAUGGACACGGGAUUCUUGACAGUCUAUUUGGUCAUCAUGAUGAUCACCACCAUGAUCAUCACCACCACGUGGUUCACCAUGAUCACCACUAUGACCCCCAUGGCCAUCACCAUGGCCACUAUGACCACCAUGGCCACCACUAUGACCACUAUGGCCACCACUAUGACCACCAUCAUCACCACGGGCCACAUAUCGGGAGUGUUGCGGCUGGAAUUGCGGUUGGAGCCGCAAUCGGUGCAGCACAACGGCAACCUGCUCCAGUUGUGCACGUUCAAGCUCCACCUGCCGUGGCCCCGGCUUAUCCAACCGGUUCGUACCCUCCACCAGCACCUGCAGCCUACCCACAACAACCGGCUCAACCGACUUACCCAUCAGCCCCAACUUACCCCUCAUAUCCUCGUUAAAUAACAGAGAGAAACGAAACAGGACAAAAGGUCCUCACUUUUUAAGAAAACGUCCCUUAUUAGUACAGUAACUUCGCUUUUCCAACUAUGAAAAAAUCAGCUAAGGAGUUGUGUCUUUGAAAUUUUGUUAUGUAAAUAAUUUUUAACAUUUACAGGUGAUGGGUGUUUCAACCAAAGAAAAUAUGCUUAUUUCCAUCAAAAAAGAUGAAAAAGAAGUAAGUCUGCAAUACUAGAGCGAUAUUUGAACUGAGUAUCCAUGGCAGAAAGGUUGCUCAUUUGUGGGAAUAUCAGUUUUUAGAAAUUUAAACUUUGCUGACAAACGGUCACUUUUUCAAAAGGAUAGACUUGCUGGAAUUAUCAAUAAUGCAUUUUUAUGACGUUUGUCACACACAGUUCCCUAAUAUUAUAUCUUUGUUUCAUUUUUAUUAUUAUUGCAAUCAUUUUCCUAACUAUUGUUUUGUUAACUUCGUAUCUUUCGCACAUUCUGAAAUAUGCAAUACAUUUCCUACUCUCUGUGGAAUAGUUAAAAAUGUAAAUAAACUGAAAUAUCAAACAUGA